UUUAUUAUUCGUAUCGUAUUUGAUAGUGCGUUUUUUGUUUACAAUUUAGCGUACAUUCAGUCCAUAGACAAGUAUACAAGAUUAGGUUAAGAUUCAGUCUCUACGCUCUUUCUCAAUCUUUCAUUUUCUGGAUUCGAGAUUAAUUUUUGUCAUACUAGGUUUUAAAGUUUAGACGACUUACUAAACACUAUGGCUAAUAGAUCUCGAGGACGUAACAACAAUGGCAGGUUUCACUACAUCAAUUCACGCAGUGAACGGAAUAAUGAACACGAUGAUCGAACUUCAAGACCAAGCAAUAGAGAAGGUGGUGGAUACUCAGAUCACCAUGGUUAUAACAAAAAAGUGACAUUCAAAGCAAACAACCGUAGAGGCAAUCAAUUUCGUAAAAGUUGGGAUAGUAAAACUGAUCUGGUUCGUGAUCAAUUAGAUAGUGAAUUUUCUAAUCGGAAUGGACCAUCUAGAAAUAAUACUGGUCGACGGUCAUUUCCUGAAAGAAAUAAACGUGGUGGUCACGGUAACAACAGAAACAUGUCAUGGACUUUAAAAGAAAGCAGUACAGGAUGGUAUUCAAUAUUUGUGCCAAAUGUUGAAAAUAGCGAUGAAGUUUUAAAAAUAAUACAAACUUAUAUCACACCUGUUGUAUUUUAUCCAUAUAAUAAACAAUACUUUGAUAAUGCAUUAAGAUUUCUUGUUGAUGAUUAUAAGGUUGCUAAAGCAUUACAAAACACUAGCUAUAAGAUAACACAAAAAGAUGAUCGAAAAGUAAAUUGAUAUGAUUCAAUUGUAGAGUUUUAAAAAUGUUUUAUUAAGAAAAAUGGUCCUAUAUCAUUCACACCAGUGUCCAAUGAAGUGAGAGAAAAAAUGAUAGAAGCAAUGGCGACCCGCUACAAUCCUAGUACCAAGAGUUUAGAUUUGUCGCAAUUUUAUGCUUGUCCAUUAUUUACCGACAACCAACUGUUUGUACCAUUAAAUCGACCAACAGUUCUUUUAGCAGCACUGAAAAUAGUUGCUCAACACACCAAACAUAAUUUGUAUGGCUUAAGUCUUGAAAAUAAUCACAUUUAUUUAGGCGAAGGUCUUGUAUGGAUACGUAGAUUUUUUCCUGAACUUAAAGUGUUGAAUUUGGCUGGGAACAAAUUUUCUGAUUUAAAAGAACUGAGGUGUCUUUCUGGUUAUACUAUUGAAGUGCUGAAAUUAUCAAGAAAUCCUGUUCAAGAUACAGAAGACAAAGAGCAUUACAAAAUGGAUAUACAACAACUUUUUCCUUGUCUAAUUAAGUUGGAUAACACAGAACUGCCAACUCGGUACAAUACAAUUGGAUCAAAGCUUAAAAUACCAAUUAACUUGAGUAAUUGUUACCCGAUACCAGAAGGCCAUAAUCCUGAACUACCAAAUCCUGUGAUGAGUUUAGUUGAAUCUUUUCUCUCUCAAUACUAUGAACGUUAUGAUAAUCAAGUGUCUAGACAAAUGGUUUCAGAAGCUUACCAUGAAAAUUCCACGUUUACAUUAUCCAGCAAUUUUCUAUUGAAAAAUACCAAAGGUAGUUUAUCACAAUAUCUACCUAAAAGUAGAAAUUUUUUAAAAAAUGACAGAAACCAACAAGAAAGAGGUCGUUAUUUACAUAAAGGCAAAGAAAAUAUAGUUAACUUUCUCGAAAAUUUACCUAAAUCCAAGCAUGAUCUUGGCUCAUUCAUAGUUGAUGUUCCAUUGGCAAAUGCCGCAAUGAUUCAGAUUGUACUGAAUGGUGUAUUUGCUGAAGACUUUAAAGAAACCAACCAUAGGCAUGUAUACCGAUCAUUCUGUAGAACAUUCUGUAUAGUACCUGUUGGAAGUGGUUGGAGUAUUAUUAGCGAUAUGUUUUUUGUAACACUAGUCACCGAUGAGUUAUUAUUAGAGUCUUCAAAACGAUUCCAUGUUUUUAAACCAAAACCAAUUUCAUCAAAAAGAAAUAAUUCUCAUGGUAACAAUAACCAAAAUGUAACAAUGUUUAUGGAGGAUACAGAUGAAAUGACUGGCAUGGAAUCAUCGUCAUCUUCAUCCAGUCAGCAGCAACCUACACCCAGCUACCCACCACCAUAUUAUCAGCAAUCCACAUUUUCAUCGUAUCAGCCUUCAUCAAUGAUUGCACCUAUGAAUCCACAGCAGCCAUCACCCUAUCAAGGGGGCAUGCCGAUAUCUACUCCGCAGACCCAACAAAUGGCACCUGCUGCUACUGUAAAUUUCCAACCAGACUCACAACAGCAGCCAACUACCUCAUUUAAUAUGUUUAACACAAUAUCACCUUCAACUCCUGCCUCCUUCCCUGUAAAUCAAUUAUCUAAUGAAGCACCUGUAAAUUUGACCAGCAAUGUUAAUGCAAAUCCUGAUAAGAUGUCUAUGGUUAAGAGUUUUUCAAAUAAGUCUGGAAUGAAUAAUGAAUGGGCUAAAAAGUGUUUAGAAGAAAAUGGAUGGGAUUAUGCUAAAGCUGCUGCAUGUUUUUCAAAACUGAAAGCCAAUAUUCCCCCUGCUGCUUUCAUACAUUAAUAAACAUAGUUUGAUGUAAAUGAGUCUUACAAUUUAUUUCGGUUUAUUUUUCCGUAUUGUCAACAAUUUUAAUGAAAUGAAAAAAAAAUGUAUACUUACUAUUUUGCGGAACAACCAAAACCAUAUUUUUUUAUCUUAAUAAUGUUUUUAGUCUUUUUAUUUAAAUAUUUUUUUAAGAUUCUUGGUCUAUACACACAAUAAUAAUGAAGAAAACUGUGUAUGAUACGAUAAAAAAAGCUGAUAAAAACAAAAAAAUGCCAAAUUAAAAAACAAAUAAUUUAAAAAAAUAAAUUUAAAUUUGUUGUUUUGAACCAUUUACAUAAUUUUAUGCCACGUAGGCGAUGAGAUAGGUAUUAAUACGUGGACACACAUAGCAGUUAAAUAGUACAAAUAGUAUAAAUUAUUUGGAGACAUUGUAUUUCUUAUGAAUCAAGAACUUAAUUAAAAAAUCUAAAAAGUAAUUUUAAUUUUAAAUUGAUGGUUUUGAUUGUUUAAUCGUAAAUAGUAUUUUAAAGGAAAAAAACCAAAUAAUAAAAAUGUAAAUAAUAAUGGUACUUUGUAAUUCAUACUACCUAUCUUAUAUUUAUUUUAUUUAGGUAAUUCUUUUUAAAUGAGUAAAUGCUUCUGUAAUAUUAAACAAGUUUAAAAUUAUUGUAUUGUAAAUGUUUAUGAAACCAAUGUUAUU